UGCAACUUGGAAGCAAGCCCUCUUCCGUUGCUGAAACAGUAGCGCUACGGCAUAUCCUCCUUUACCUUGGCGAGAAACGAAGGCGGCAACGGCAGGCACUGCAAGCCAGUGGCGGAGAGAAGGAAACGCAAUGACUCUUCCGACGAUGGCGACGAUUCCAACCUCAUCUUUCUUAUUGCCCUCUCUAGUGCAAUCGGAUUCUAGUCGGAACUAUUGCAAGUUCCGGCGCUCCCCUUAUAUGUUCAGUAGCUUCCACGUCAGAGCUUCGCUUUCCGCUCCAGAUUUUCCUCUGGCAAGCCGAAUUGUAGUCAAAAAUUUACCUUAUCUAACCAGCGAAAGUAGUUUGCGAGAGGAGUUCUCAAGCUUUGGUGAAGUGGCUGAAGUUAAGGUUCUGAAGUUUGAAGAAGGGGAAAGGCGUAAAGCUCAUGCAUUCAUCCAAUACACUUGUCUAGACGAUGCCUUCCUUGCCUUGGAGAACAUGGAUCGCAAGGUGUUUGACGGAAGGAUGAUAUAUGUGGAGGUUGCCAAACCCGGUAAGCGUAGUUUUGGAGAAUACCCAACAGCUUCUGGACCUCCAAAAGGCUCUCCUGCUGCAUCUUCAAAUGAUCAAGAUGAUUGCUGGUACUGAUUCCCCCACGGCCAACGAUUGUGCCGCCAGUAAGGAAUGUAACUUGGGAGGAAAAAGCGAGCUGCUAGUAAGUGUGAAAUUGUUGUGCAUCUAGCCGCAUUAAAGAACUGUGUCGCUAAUGCCAUCAGUUUAGAAUUGUGAAGUUUUCUUCUCGUUGCUCCUUUUUUGUGGUAUGUUAAUUUACAACCAGUUCUCGAUGAAUUGGCUGGUGGAUAUGUCCCUGGUCUUUCCUUUACUAAGUGUAUGCCUGAAGGUGUUAAGCCUUCAAACUUUGCAAUGCUAAUAUACAACCAGUUCUCGAUGAAUAGAGAAAUAUUAAGAGUUCCUUGUUUGUGUAUGACAGUAGUCACUAGCUG